ACAUACAAUGUUACUGUGUGUGAGAGAGUGACAGGAUGUGUGUGUGUGAGAGAGUAAAAUUCAGAGGCAGACAGCAGUGAGGAGGCGAUUGGGACCACCCACCCCGGGGUAACACCUCCUGUGUAUUAUAUCAGAUUUGACAGGUUUCUUCCGUCUUGUACGGGUGCUGGGGUUGGCUGCUCGCUGCCUCUGGUCCCCGGCCUAUCCUGCGCUUGCUGCCAUCAAAUUCAAAACGAGCUCUUAUUUCUCUUAACACGGUUAAAAACGUCCAACUUAAAUCCUGCUAAAUGCAACAACUGCACCACCUGCUGUCUCAAAUGUCACCCUGCACUGACUCAAGUAACAGCAAAGGAUGCUGGGUAAUAUUCAGUGUGGUAAAGAAACGACCUUCCUACCUACUUUAUCCAUGACCAUAAAUGCUGGAGCCGUGACUGUAAACCUGACAGCACUGAUUUAAAGAGCCAGCAGACGUCCGCACAGAGGUUACAGCUGCUGCGCCCCAGUCUGUGAGCCACAGCCAACCGGCUUAGCCCGCACUAACCCACCAGACCGCCAAGCAGCUGUUUUCAUGCAGUGUUUGAAGAACACGAAGUCUGUAUACUCUGAUCUUAGUUCAGUAACACAUCAUGUAUGAAGUUAAAUAAAAUGUCCCUUACUUUUAAUCUCUCCUCUUCCUCUUCUUUGCAUCUUUCUCCAUCUCUGAGUGUCACAGACUGUUUCUCUCCCUCUGAACUACAGCACACAUGUUUAGUGUCAAACGUCACAAUAAGCACUUUGUGUGUUUGCUGAUGUUUGCUGAGCUGUUAGAAAAGUUGCUGUAUAAAAGUUACUCCUUUUAUGUUCAUGUUUGCUCCUCUUCUGCAGCGCUAACUGGAUGCUGAACAAUGCAGUGCGACUUUACAUCUGCACCAUGAACACAUCAACAGUGAGGGUGUGAGUGGAGUGUCGCUAUUUUCUUAUUGCUGAGUAAACAUCUGUAGAAGAAACGCCAGGCUGCAGUUCACAAAACCUCCUGGACAGCUCCCUGUUUCCUCUCUAACAUCAGUCUGUGAUGGUCUGAUGGAGGAUUCCAACUGUUCAGCAGUCCUGGCUCUGCUUCGUCCUGUUGUUGCUUACAUGAUGCUCCAGAUGUUGUCUGCUGGUCAGAGGUCUGGACUGCAGGUGGGCCGGUUCAGCGGCCGUGCAGCUGGAAUAGAUGCAGUCUGUGGUUUAGCAUCGCCCUGCUCAAACAUGAAGGCCUCCCAGAGACACACGUCAGCACGGAGCAGGUGUCGGAGCAGAUGUUACUCUAAAACCUGUUUAUACCUUUGAGCAGUGAUGGAGCCUUUCCAGAUGUGCCAGCUGUCAGCUCCGAUGCCCCCCAUGAGAGCUGCAGGCUUUGACCUGAGCUCUGAUAUUGUUAGUCUGGAGGAUGUGGAGUCCAUUUUUGGCUCAUAAGUAGAAUAAGUAAUCAUAAAUAUAAGUAGUAAUAAAUAACGUUAAAUGAUUGGUCAAAGCAUUAAAAUUAUGGUUUAGAAACUACAAAAAAAAAAUCUCCGCCUACAAAUCCCGGAAUGCCGCUGUGCGAGGAGCAGCCGCCUCCACGUGCUCGGAGGUUUAAACGAGCGGCUGCAGCGCAGAGAAGGGGCGGGAAAGUGUGUCACUGGGGCACGAGGCUCUCCCCGCGGUCACAUGGUCCCGUUUUCUGCCGCGUGCGGGCACGGCGGCCCCCGCACAUUCAUCAUCAUCAUCAGCGUCCUGCUGCGCGCGCGCCCUGUUUCAAAACAGACAGGCAGGCAGACAGAGGCGCGCGUGCAGCAGGACGGAUCGUUUGGCUCCGUGUGCAGCAGGAACAGUAGUUUGAAUUCACAGAACAAGACCCCGCUUCUUCUUCUGUGGUGGUUUCUUCUCCCACGUCUCCGAGCCUGGGAUGCGUGCGCAGCGGUAGCUUUCUGGGACUUUUAAACGAGGGUCGUGUGCGUGACUUUUCCUUGGAUGUCACAGUGACCACCGCUGCCAUGGACACGAACAACAACAACAACUCAGGAGGCGUGAUCUCCUACGUGGGCUCCUCCGGAGGCUCUCCCACUCGGACCAGUCCGGUCUCCAUGUACAGCGAGAACUCCAACUCCCAGUCCUUUUUCACCUCCUCCUCCUCCCUCACCCCGCCCUUCCUCAGCUCCGGCUCCAGCUCAGGGUCAGCCGGAGACGACGGCUCCUCCUCGGCCUCCUCCUCGGCGGGAGGUUCGCCUCGAGGCCGCGACGACGGCGGCUCUCUGAGGACGUCGCCCAGCAAGUCUGUGGCCAGUCUGACCAAGCUGAACGGCAUGGUGCUGCUCUGUAAGGUCUGCGGCGACGUCGCCUCAGGUUUCCACUACGGCGUGCACGCCUGCGAAGGCUGCAAGGGCUUCUUCCGCCGCAGCAUUCAGCAGAACAUCCAGUACAAGAAGUGCGUGAAGAACGAGAGCUGCACCAUCGUGAGGAUCAACAGGAACCGCUGCCAGCAGUGCCGCUUCAAGAAGUGUCUGUCUGUGGGCAUGAGCCGCGACGCGGUGCGUUUCGGGCGGAUCCCGAAGCGCGAGAAGCAGAGGAUGUUGGCCGAGAUGCAGAGCGCCAUGAACAACAUGGUGAACGACCAGCUGCAGAGCGACUUCCAGCUCGCCAGCCUGUCGUCGUCCUCCUCUUCCUCAUCCUCUUCCUCCUCGCCGUGCCCGGGGGUGACCAUCGCCCCCCAGCCUCAGCCCUCAGCCCUGCCUCCAGCCCCCUCCUCACCCUCGCCCCCUGCUUCGGCUUCCUCUUCCUCCCCACCACCACCACCUCUUCCCGCCCAUCAGAGAUCCUCCCCCUCCUGCUCCACCCCCAGCCCCGGGAUGGACUCCACCAUCAGCGCCAUUGCUCGCGCUCACCGGGAGACGUUCCUAUAUGCUCACGACAAGCUGGCCAAUAACCACAUCCACCACAAUGGAGAGGCGGAGCUCUGGCAGCCCAACCGCUGCCCAAACGGUUACCAUGCCAACGGCCUCAACACCAUCUACCACCACAAUAACAACCUGGCCGCAGAGUGCUACCUGCCGGAAAACAGCCGCACACAUCAUCACCGUAGCAACGGGAGGCAAAGCCAGCAGAGCGGUCCCGCUGGUCAUGUGACCCAGGAGCAGCGCUGUCCAGUGAAGAAGCAGACGGGGAUCGUGCUGGCUUGUCCAAUGAACAUGCAGCCUCACGCCGACCCCUCGAAGACCCCACAGCAGAUAUGGGAGGACUUCUCGCUGUCUUUCACGCCCGCCGUCAGGGAGGUGGUAGAGUUCGCCAAACAUAUCCCCGGAUUCAGCGAUCUGUCCCAGAACGACCAGGUGACCCUGCUGAAGGCAGGCACGUUUGAGGUGCUGAUGGUGCGUUUUGCGUCGCUGUUUAACAUGAAGGAGCAGACGGUGACGUUCGUCUCCGGCGCCACCUACAGCCUGGAGGAGCUGCGAGCAAUGGGCAUGAGGGACCUGCUGGGAGCCAUGUUUGACUUCAGCCACAAGCUGGCGGCGCUGGAGCUGGACAGCGAGGAGCUCGGACUCUUCACCGCCGUGGUGCUCGUGUCAGCAGACCGCUCCGGCAUCGAAGACGUGGUGUCGGUGGAGCAGCUGCAGGAGAAUCUGAUACGCGCUCUUCGCUCGUUGGUCAACAAGUCGCCCGUUGCCCCAGAGAGCGAGCACCUCGACGUGGACUCGCCGCGCUUCACCAAACUGCUGUUGAAGUUGCCCGACCUGCGGACACUCAACAACAUGCACUCUGAGAAGCUGCUGUCUUUCCGCAUCGACGUUUGAUGACAUCACUGCGAUGUCACCACAUCGCCAUGCUCUCCAGCCCUUAACAUCGCAGCGUCAUCCAGACCGCAUCGUACAGACUGGCAGGAUGAUGAUGUCAUCAGCAGAACUUUUCAAGACAUGCGUCUCCCCGCCAAAAUAAAAGUGUGCUUUAAAACAGUUGGUUGAUGUUUUAAAAGAGCAGGCCGCCAUUUUUAAACCACUCUAUUUUAACCUGUAUAAGCCCAAACCGUUAGCUUAGCCUAGCCAGCCCAGUUCUUUGACUUUACUGGAGCGUCGCCAGCAGGAAGUGUGAAAGACGAAAGAAGCGUGAAGGACGUGGACGACGACAGUCAGACACAUUUCAGCCGAGUACGCUAACUGACGAGCUCACACAGAAGAAACCUGUUCGUUCAGCUUCACUUCCACUUCCUGUUGAUGUCAUCAUUCUAUCUGAUUUUAGCUUCGUUAACGUUCAUGAUGAGUUCAGACGCUUUUAAUUUGAAAGUUUUCCCAGCUGGAGACAGAUGCACACUAAAAGUAGCUCUUUCAAAUGUCUUCACCAUAAACACACGAGUAAUGUGGACGCAUCGAGCAGCUUUUAAUGAUUUUAAGGACUUUGGGAUCAGCUCCUUUGAUUUUCAGCGGCCGGCGAUCUCUGACUGCGGCAGCCUCCGCUUCCACUCUGCAGGAAACAGAAACUCUUCUGGUAUGAACUGAUUCAUCCUGAACUUCCAAACUGUGGAGCGCCCGGAAUGAUAACUCCAUCCACUGAAGAGAUGGAGGAGGCGGGGCGUGACCUGGUGACGCCUCAGACAAACCUUAUGCAGCUGAUGUUCUGUAAAGAAACUGUACAUAGCCAUAAACACAAAGAUCCAGCUAUACUUGAACUAUUUGCCCUGAGAUCUGUUGUACACAACUAUUUUUUGUUAAUAUGAAUAUAUGCCUGUGCAGAUAUCGUGAAUAUUAAAGUAUGUACGAGCGAGGAAGUGCACCUGAUAAAAGAAGAUCUCUGAUGUAUUUUAAUCUGUGGUUUAUGUUGUAAAGACGUUAUAUAAAAAUAUGUAAAAUUAUAUAUAAGUUUAUGCACACA